AUGGCAACUAAAAUUCCUACAGAAAUAUUAAUUAAAAUUUUAAAUAAUGUUAAAUCAACAUCAACUCAAGAUUUAUAUUCAUCAUUAUUAGUUAAUCGAAUCUGGUGUAAAGUUACUAAUACCUAUACUUUGGGAAUCAUUUUUGGGUCAAGAAUAUUGGACAAAUAUGGAAAAGAAAGCAUUAUUUGUACAUUUUUGGAUUGUUUUGAAUUUCUAGGAUCCCCUUGGAUAGGUGAUUAUAAUGAUUUAAUUGGAUCAAUUCUCGAUUUACCUGGUGCCCCAAAAGUAUUUGAGAAAUUAAAAAGUAUUACACUUUGUGACGAUGUAACACUAUUUCGACCAUUAUUUGAAUCAUUAACAUUAAUUUGUAAUAAUAUUUCAAUCAUGAAUUUAACUAUAGUUUCAGAUUCUGAUGUAAUAUUAUUGGCAAAACUUAUCGGCGUCCAAAAACGGUUAAUGAUUAUCAAGAUUGUAAUUCAUUGUUCUGGGCUAUCAUCAGUCAAAAAGAAACAUUAA